GAGACCCGACUGAGUAAAAAAUAGUUGUGUUGUUGUUUUGUAUGUCUGCACCGACCCUGUGUCCAAUAUAUGGUAGCUGGAGCAGUCGACACAUCACGCGCGUCGCUGGGAGUUCCCUUGUCCCCUAUAGCACGCCCCUCCGUCUUUCCUCCGCGCCUUCCCGGUCGUGCCUCCCAUCUAUUCUCUCGCGCCAUCUCCCGGGGAAAAGAAGCUGAGGGGCGGUGGCGGCGUCGGUGUAACGUUGCUUCGCUGGCCUGUAACCUCAAUGGUCCACAUCUAGACUGAAGACUGACAGUUGGACCCGACAGGACAGGAUUGCAUCCAUUACCAUGACAACAGAAAAGGGAUUGCCCAUGGAGAUGAAGAGUACCAUGGAGGGUGAUGUCAGGAGGACCAAUCAGGAUCAUGACAGUAAGACGUCAGAUGACCAUCAUGGGGACAUGGAUGACAGCUCGGAGAAGACCCCCAGCAAAGCAUCAAAAUCCCCCCAGAAAUCUUCCAAACGCCCCAAAACCAUUCCUGUCAAAAUCACCCUACUCGACGGCUCAGAGUAUGAAACUGGAGUAGAGAAAUUUGCCAGGGGGCAGUCCGUGCUGGACAUGGUGUGUGGCCAUCUGAACCUGCUGGAGAGGGACUACUUUGGCCUGACGUUCUAUGACACAGACAACACUAAGAAUUGGCUGGACCCGUCAAAGGAGAUCAAGAAGCAAAUCCGAAUUGGCUCAUGGCAUUUCGGCUUUGCUGUCAAGUUUUAUCCCCCUGACCCAUCUCAGCUCACUGAAGACAUCACCAGGUACUACCUGUGUCUGCAGCUAAGGGACGACAUGCUGUCCUGGCGUCUGCCCUGCUCCUUCGGGACCUACGCCCUGCUAGGUUCUUACACGGUGCAGGCGGAGCUGGGCGACUAUGAGCCAGAGGAACAUGGGCCCGACUACAUCAGUGACUUCCGUUUCGCCCCCAACCAGACGAGGGAGCUAGAGGAGAGGGUGAUGGAGCUUCACCGCAACUACAGGGGAAUGAGUCCAGCAGAGGCAGAGGUGAACUUUCUAGAAAAUGCCAAGAAGCUUUCCAUGUAUGGUGUAGACCUGCAUCACGCCAAGGAUUCGGAGGGCAUUGACAUCAUGCUUGGCGUCAGCGCCAACGGACUACUCAUCUACCGUGACCGUCUGAGGAUCAACCGCUUCGCCUGGCCGAAGAUCCUCAAAAUCUCCUACAAGAGGAGCAACUUCUACAUCAAAAUACGCCCCGGGGAGUAUGAACAGUUUGAGAGCACCAUCGGCUUCAAGCUGCCCAACCACCGGGCUUCCAAACGCCUGUGGAAGGUCUGCAUUGAACACCACACCUUCUUCAGGUUGGUGUCUCCAGAGCCCCCUCCCAAGGGCUUCCUGGUGAUUGGCUCCAAAUUCCGCUACAGUGGGCGGACCCAGGCCCAGUCGCGUCAGGCCAGUGUGCUGAUCGACCGGCCAGCUCCGCAGUUUGACCGUUCGGUUAGCAAGAGGUACCUGCUGCCCCGCAGUGUGGACGGAGCCUCAGCCCUGGGAGACAGCAUGGACCAGCUGUCCCAGCGCAGCUCCAGUGAUCACACCCAGUUCCUGUCCAGAGAAGACCUGGAACAAGAGGGCAGUCUGGACCUAGACCAGGAUCAGGAUUACCAGGAACAAGACCAGGAGUACCAGGAUCAGGACGAGGAGACUGAUGGUGUUACCAUGUCCGCCAAGACCAUGGAGCUGAAGGGUGAGGAGGCAGGCUCGCCAGUAGACUCAAAGCCUGAGUCGGACCAGGAUCUGGCCACCCCACGCCCCCAACAGGAGCAGCAGUUCCUGGACAAGCCCGAGGAUGUCCUGCAGAAGCACCAGGCCAGCAUCAACGAACUAAAGAGAGCUCUCAGGGAGCCCAACAGCAAGCUGUCACAGAGGGAGAAACGCCUGUCCACAGCCACACCCCCUGGAGGCACCCCAGAGAGGAAACCGGAGACCCCUCCUACACCUGCCAUUCAUGAGGAGCCUUUUGACGAAGCCAUGAGGGAGCCGUGGGAGCGGCGGUUGGGCUCAGUGUCAGAGGACGACCAAGACCACGAGACCCUGUACCUGAAGGAAACCCACCUGGGCAUUGAGCGCAAGUGCUCCAGCAUCACUGUCAGCUCUACGUCCAGCCUGGAGGCCGAGGUGGACUUCACUGUCCUCAUGGACCUCCAUACGGGCAUGGAGGAGUUCUCCAGGGGCAUGAUGGAGCUGGGCGAGAGGCCCAUGUCACCUGACGUGGGCCUCAGCCUGAGCAUCGACCUGCAGGGAACCCCGCCACCUCUCGUCUCGGCUCCUCUCACCGGGGCUAGCAGCAGCCCUCCUACCAAGCAGCUACACACCGAAGAGGUCCGACAUCACGAGCCUGUUGUGCCCAGAAAACCAAAGAGGUCAGUGCCCAUCGACAGAGACCAGUCACAGAAAGAGACCACUUACUCAUCCCCCAUGACGGCGCUGAGCAGAGAGGCUAGUGACGUCGUCGCCUCCCAUGCACUAAGGAAGACUGAGGUCAAGGUCAAGGUCGACAGAGACCAGUCACAGAAAGAGACCACUUACGUGUCCCCCAUGACAGCGCUGAGCAGGGAGGCUAGUGAUGUCGUCGCCUCCCAUGCACUAAGGAAGACUGAGGUCAAGAUCGACCGAGACCAGUCACAGAAAGAGACCACUUAUGUGUCGCCCAUGACAGCGCUGAGCAGGGAGGCUAGUGAUGUCGUCGCCUCCCAUGCACUGAGGAAGACUGAGGUCAAGGUCGACAGAGACCAGACAGUGAGAGAGACCACUUACGUGUCCCCCAUGACAGCACUGAGCAGAGAGGCUAGUUGCGUUGUCGCAAGCCAUGCACUGAGGAAGACCGAUGUCAAGGUCGAGACACAGCCUAAUGGGUCAGAGGUCACCACAACCAUCGUGGAGUUUACAGAUCAGGAUCAUGGUGUGACUGUAAGCAGUAUAGGCGAGACUUCUUAUUCAACAACAGAAGGUGUUUCCCCUGUGCACAUGUGUACUUUGGGAAGAGAGGCCUCUGGAUCUCCAAUACUUGUUACUGAGAAUGUUACCUCUGCAACCACGCAUGUCACCAAGACGGUGAAAGGGGGCUAUUCAGAGACCAGAAUUGAGAAGAGGAUCAUAAUCACAGGAGAUGAUGAUGUUGACCAGGAGCAGGCCCUCGCUAUUGCGAUACAGGAAGCCAAGCAACAGCAUCCGGACAUGUUGGUCACCAAGGCAGUAGUUGUCAAGGAAACAGAAUCGUCCACUGAGGAUCCACAUGGGACAUCUUAGUCCUGAUUCCUGGGACAUGAGCGCCCCCCUCAGGAGCAGACCUGUUGGUGCCUGAGCUACCUGAGACUACCACACUACUGUACCACCCUGACCACUGCUAGUGGGGCUCCGACACACACAGCCACACACACGUUUCAAUCCCUCACCCUUACUACUCUUGCCCACCGGGCAAACCCAUAUACUUCCCUGUUGUCUACCAUAGUAACAGGACUCCUUUAAAUCCAACCCUUUAUUUAUGAACCUUUGCUCUGGCGGUGAUAUGGUGAAAUAUAGCCUCUUAGAAUCUGAGAGUGAAAUACUUACAUACUCGUCUCUAACAUGUUGGCUCAGCAUUCCCGAACAGUCACAUUACAAGUCAAAAUGUUGAGAACACUUCAUUUCAACUCACUUUACCUGUUGUCCAAUGAUUUUUUUCCUAUGUCGGAGGUAAUCUUAUACAACAUAUCCAUAGGGGGACGUUAUCAACCCGACCUUCAGUACGCUGGUCUGUAUAUUUCCGGUUUGUAUUUUCAAUACUGACUCAAUUUGCACGAGACAAACACUUAAACAAUUUGUCUGAACCUAACCACAGACCGAACGGCAAACACUUCCAGCUGAUUACGAGGAAACGUGCUUCGGUUGACAACGUUUGGUUACAUUCGGCUGUUGUUUACAUAUUGUGCUUCACAUGAAAUGCAUCACUUGAUUGAAAAUACUCACCAGAAUUACAAGCCGACAUAGCCAUAUACCUACCGGCGCCCCAGAAAGUUGGGCUAAUAGUACUUUCCUGUGGCCAUUUUAUCUCCACUUCCAACCGCCAAAAAGACAACCGGUAAAGUACGUUUAAAUAUCAUUUUAUUCAACAUUCUGUCUGGUAGAGACUAUUGCGUCUUUUUUACAGCGACUUCUUUCAGACUGAUAGCCAUGGAGUAACCAUGGUAACAGUCUGAUAUUUAGAUAAGGUGAAAUACAGACAUGGAUGGCAACAUAUGGAAAUGUCAUAAAUGAUGGCAGUCUAUUACUAAGAAAUAACAGGUAUAAUGACAAAAUAGUGCCAGAAUUCCUUGUUUCACUGCUGGAAAGUUUCAGUCUAUACCUAGUACACCUGUCUGCACUGGUCUCAACACUCAAGCCAAACAACUGGGUUUUGACUAGAUAGGUUAGGAUAAUUCAUGUAGCAGGUUAGGAGAAUUAGGCUAAAAUGCACAUAAUAAAACUUGUCCCCAGGCUCGAAUUUCUGGAACAUAGAGCCUGGCAACAGUGUGGGACUGUGAAGGGGUGUAGAUUUACUGAGUGACAUGAUUAUCAAUUCAAAUUCUGAGCAAAUCACACGACUAUGAGAUGUGGUUCCAAAUCGAGGGGGAAAGGUAUUUGUUAUGGUGCACCAUGGAAAUAACUCCCAGGUAGUAGGAACAUAUCGCCGUUCAUGCCAACAGCUAGCCAUAGCUUUGUUACACACGAACACAAAAACAAUACUGGCCCCCGAAUGCAGCACACUUAGGGGGAGGUUCCUAGGGUUGCACUAGAUGGUGAUGGACUGAGAGAUCAGCCAAUUAAAACCAGUGGUUGUUUCUCCGCUCCUGCCAUAGGCUUCCAGUCAAGUCCUUUUCUGAGAUGCUCGGAAAACAGACGGUUCGACAGAGAGAGCCAGCUGGUGGGCCAGAUUAAUUUGAUUUAAGCUGUAUCCUAUCUAGACCACCAAACUGUUCUCAGCUUGCCUCUGCAUAGUAUCCUCUAAGGAAAUUAAUGGGAAGGUUUUUGCCUGAAUGUCAAGUGGAUCUAAAUCUUAGGAGCUGUUGUCUCUUUGAUGUGCUCAUACCAUCAUAUCACUGUAGAGUCUCACUGCCGCCACAUCCCACACCAAUGCCACACUUGAAGUGCAGGACAUUUUUAUUACAGGGGUACUUAGUAUGAGAUAAUCUGGCAGACUAUAGGACUACAAUGUGGUCCGAAGUCCUACUAAGUAAAUUCCACCCACCAUUCUAGACCUCAGAUCCAACUCUAAUGCCUACUGAGGCCUAGAUUAAAUCUGGACAGCAGAAAAUUGACGCUAAAGCACAAUUGAAAUUUAAAGGCAAUGUUCUCAGAUUCGCUGAGACUACAUUAUCUGUAAACGCUGCAAACAGUAUGUCGGCUCAAUUGUAAAUUACCUUUAUAUUUUAAUUGCGCUAUAAUGCGGAUCUUGAUUCAAUCUAGAGUGUGCUUACAUAUCUACGUAGUUUGUCAAGAGAAAAAAACGUAUAUGUAUCCAUUAGAUGUAGGUCCAGUACUGUUGACAUGCAUGCAGUAAAGCAGGUUUUCAUGAACAGGAAAACCUUCCCUUAGUUUUAUAUACUCGCUAAACCAGCAAAGUCCAUAACUGUGCUUUGGCCCAUUUCUGUAACAGUGAGAAUGGUUAUGGGAAUGCCAGAGGAUACACAGAUUGCAGGAGAUGUGAGAACAGUAGGCUACUCUGCACCAGCGAGGUCAGUAAAUCGCGGCGCUGGUUUGGGGGCACUAACUCGACGACGCCAAAUGUGCCAGAGUAGAGAAAGGGGCACCACAGCUAACACAGAAAGGUCAAAGUUGAACUUUUCUUCCUGCAAUGGCGCAUCCUCACCAUCACACAACAGAGGAGAAGAGCUGUUGAAACUCUCUCGGAUAAGUAGGCUUUCUCAAGAUAUCUUGCUUUUUCUUUUACCCAUAAUUGGGCCAUUUGGCUGACAUCUUGGCAGACCCUACCUUGAACGCUUGCAAUAGAGCAUUUUUGUUUUAAGAACACAAUUGACGUUACUGUAUUAUGAUGAUGGUUUACUUGUUAUUGAAGUUGAUCUGUGUAGACAUUUGGAUGUAUAUGAAUGGAGUGGUUAUGAACCUCUGAUCUAUAGAAUGUGCCUGUUGGGUAUUUAUAAAAAUUGUGAAAGUACAAAUUCUGAGCAUGUUGCUGUUCUAAAAUGAUCCAAGGUCAGGUCCCCUUCCAACCGUUGGAGAUACAGUCACUUUCUGCUGUUAUACUGUGGCUAUCUACAGUAGGAAAUAUUAAGAGAUUCACAUUAGAACCUUAUUAAGUACGCCAAAUGAGCUACCUUUUAAAUGAAACGAGUAUUUUAGAUAAUGUUUGCGUGAUAAAGACAUUCAUUAUGAAAUUAAAUUAAACCACUAGAAUACCUACUGUAUAGAUACAAAGUUAUAGUAUUAUACAAAGUAGAAGAGACCUUAAGGCAGUAUGAAAUAGCACAGUAGCUAGCUACAGUUGAAGUGGGAAGUUUACAUACACUUAGAUUGGAGUCAUUAAAACUUGUUUUUCAACCACUCCACAAAUGUAUUGUUAACAAACUAUAGUUUUGGCAAGUCGGUUAGGACAUCUACUUUCUGCAUGUAUAUUUUGCAUGUAUAUUUUUCCAACAUUUGUUUACAGACAGAUUAUUUCACUUAUAAUUC